GAUUUCGUAGAAUUAUUAGAAAAUAUUUUAUUAUCUGGAGAAGUUAAUGCCGUUAAAUUUUUUAAAAAGACCGAAUUUACAUUCUCUCAAAAGGAAGAGGCAGAAAAGGCACUCUUUAAAGCAUUGGAAAUUAUUAAUUCCAAGAAUGAUAUACAUGCCGUAAUAGCUAAAAGACUGCUUUAUAAUUUCGAUAACUUUAUUAGUUCUUCCAAUGUAGAGCAGUUUUGGAGUAGUCUUAGAAUUCGAGAAGAGAAAACCACUACUAAUACAGCACAAAUUAUAUUACAGGAAAAAGAAGAGCAAAAUGCUUGCCAAAUAAGGACUAAUAUGUUGGAGGAGAAUAUUAAAUUAUUAACAGCCAAAAGGAAGACAAUGUCCGAUUUCGGAGAAAACCGAACAACAAAACGAAUUCAAAAGGAGGAUGAUGACAAGCUGACCUUUGAUGACAAAUCAGAGACAGAUUCAAAUAAUGAAGUACAUUUUGACGGCAACAAAGUAUUCAGUAUAGAUCCAAAAUUCGUAUUAGCAGACAAUGAUCAUAAGGGAGAUAUAUUUUCUGACGAUAUCAAAAUUGCAAAACCAAUCCGUCUAAAUAUAAUACCACCAGACGAUUCCUCUCAAGAAACUGAUGACGAUGAAGAUAUACCUCUAGAAGAAUCAUUUAUCUCUGCUUCUAGCAGUUCAGAAAUUUGGACCUUGCCUUCGGGUAAAGACGUUGGUAACAUUUAUGCUAGUAAGAUAUUUGAGAAUACAAGAGCAACCAAAAAAAAGAAGAAAUUAACGGCUGUUGAGAAAGCCAUAUUGCGUUACGGUGCAUCAAAUAUAAUUGAUUUGUCCGCUCAUAUGAAAGAAUGGUUUUGCGUUGAUGACAGGAAAUUCAUGUCAAAAGAAUAUGAAUCUAUGUUACAAAUUCCUGAGCUGGCACCCGAAGAGAGCUUAUUUAUUUUGAAGGUUGAGGAGAGUGAAGACCAAGUUAAUAUCUUGGAUUUUACUCCAGAAAGUACACAUACAGAGGUCGAUGUAAUUGUAAAGGCAUGUGCGUACGUUGUUGAAGGACUGUGCAAAAACCUUGAAGUAUAUUCUACAUGGAGUACAAAUUACGCUAAUGGACGUAAAUGUGAUGUUCGCUUCCUAUCAGCAUCAGGGGUUGACGUCGGAGAGUGGGAAUUUUCCGCAAAAGUUAUAGCAAAUAAGACUAUUGGUGAUAGAUGCCGUUCCGCUCGAAUAAAUCAAUCGAUAUUAAAUGGGUUACUAGAAUAUAAUCUCAAUGAUGAUCAAGUUAAAAAUAUUCAAGUUCCUUUUUUGCAAUUUGGUGGUACAUGUGGACAAUUGUUGGUUGAAGAUCUAGUAGAAGGUUUUUAUAUUGUCUUUCCUGGGCCAAAGUUUGAAUUGCCUAUAAAACUUCGAGAUAUUGGAAAACUGAAAAAUACUAUCAAUGUUAUCAAGCUAGUUAUGGAAAUAUACGAAAGAACAUGCGAAACAAUCGAAAACCUAGAAACAUUUCAUCACAAAUUUGACGAUGUAUUUAAUGGAGAUUACCACUUUGUAGACAAGCCUACUCAUUUUAAAUACAAAUAUAUUCGAAGAUCGUGGUGGACCCCAAAAAAUUCUCUCUGCUCUAAAAAUGAUGUUUAA